AAUGACUUUAGGGAGAUGAUGAUUACAAUGUCUGAAACUGAAGAAGAAGAAGAGGAAGAUGUGUGGGACGACAAGAAAUUGAAUGAUGCGUACGACAAAGCACUGAAAAUGGCAAACGCUGAAGUCGCAAAGAGAGUAGCAAUGUCUACUAAUACAGAGCAUGGUAACAAAGGUAAACUCAAAGGCAAAUCCCGCCCUACGUCUUCAAAUAAGAAAGAAACUGAAUGGAAAGCUGGCAUGCCUUGUCGGGCCGUUUAUGAAGGGGAUGGACUUGAAUAUGAAGCUUUUAUCUUGAGGGUCAUAAGUGAUACUGAAUGUGUUGUGAGAUUUUUAGGUUAUGAAAAUUCAGAGUUAGUGCCAUUAAACGCGCUAAAACCAAGUCUGGGAAAUGAGGAGAGGACCCGUCAAAUAGAAGAAGCGCUGCAGGAUAAUGGUGACGAUGGCUUUGGAAGUCAGUCUCCGGAUCUUGAUCGAAUGCAGUUUGGAAGUGACAGGGGUGUACACAGUCCAGAGAGUACAGAUAGAUCUACUCCAAGAAAACCAACGAAGAAGAAGAAAUCCGUGAAAAAAUGUAGGAACAUUGGAUUUGAAUUACCAGAAAUACCGAUGCCUAACAUGGCAGCGUUGAGAAACCUGGGCGGGAUGGAGAUGCCCAUCCCUCCUCCGCCCCCGAUGAACUUCACAAGCGACAACACGGACUCGGAACAGCAAGCGAUCUCCUCGAUGCUCCUGAGCUGGUACAUGAGCGGCUACUACACCGGCCUCUACCAGGGAAUGAAAAGGUCGAAGGAAAAUAACAAAAACGUGUAAACGGUUUCUUUUAUUAAAAUACACUUUUCACAUAAAAA